UGAUGUCCUCCUGCUCCUCUGCACAGUGCUGUGUGUGCGCUUGGCUGCUGUACACACUGUGCGUUUAGUGCAGCUUGUGCUCACAUGCUGGGAGGCGCCUGUGCAUAGACUUGUUACUGUUCUCCUCCAGAAUCGUGCUCUCUUGGAUGGUGUAUUCUGCUUAGAAGAUGAAGUGUCCAAAUUGUAAUCAUGAACCUGCGGACGAAAACCCCAGGUUCUGCAGCAUGUGUGGAACGCGCAUGCAGCUACCAGAGCCUGACAAUUCUGCAAUCCAAGAUGGUCAGAAUGCUACCCCUCUUACCAAGGUUGAAUUGGAGCCUGGCAAGGAACUGGUGUUUGAAGAAAGCAAACUAGCCGACUGUAGCAACCCCGUGCAAAUUCCUCAGGAUGAAACUCUUCCUCUAAAGGAAUCUGGUCCACCAAGCAAGAAAAGAAGAAUGCAAAAAGUCAAUGAAUACCAAUUCAUAAUGAACAGAAACAGGAAGAAAAAAAAGAAAGGAACUUCUAGCGAAAAUGAAUUUACGUCUCUUCCCGCCACACAGGAGAAAACUGGAGAUUUGGAUAGUCUUAGUGAUGAAUAUGAAUGUAAGAGCCUUAAUGUGUCUGCUGAAAACAACUCUCCUUCACCAACAGCGGCAAAAGAGGGUUCACGUAACAGUACCACUUCCGAGUUUAGCUGUGGCAACUCUGGAACAUUACAAGAAUCCACAGGAAAAACAGAACAGAAACUUGUACAGUCUGACAUGAUGGACUAUUCAGAGGUAACAAAUGAAAAUCAAGAGUCCAAAAGCAAGGAUCAGAUUAAUAUUGUGACAAAAGAUACUGACAACCAAAUUAUAACAGGUAAUACAGUAACAUUAGAGGAAUGUAAACAGACUGAAUGUCACAAUAAGGAAAUACAGGAUGAUAAGCAAGAAGUAGCACAGUCUGAGAAUGUAACUACUAGCACGAAUAUGGUAACAAAUGAAAGUACCACAAGCAAAGAAGGCUCUGAAAAUACAAAUAAGGUCGUUGAUCAGGUCAGUGAAGAGAAAUUUAAAAAUCUAACUUCUGACCCUGAUAAAACAGAAAAUGCUAAAACUAUAAGUAAAGAAAACUUGGAAAAAAAAGACAAUGUCAUUGAUGCGGUCAGUGAAAAGAGCAAUACCAUAUCAAAGGAAUCAAAGUCCAGACUUACAGAUGGAAAGGAUGUUUCCAAAGGCAACAGUAACUCAGAGCAGCAAAUUAUGGAAGAAACAACCAUAUGUUCUAACCUAGGAGAAAAAAAUAAUAAUUCUAAGAAAAAGUGUGUAGCAGCAGAAGAAGCUGAUAAAAAAAGUCAAAAAGAAAAAGAGACCCUAAGCACCAGUGCUGCUAAAAAUGUUAAAGAAGGCACAAAUGUGAACACUCCUAAAAAUGCUUUAGGAAAAAACAAAAAUAGCACAGCAGGUCUAAAUAAUAAAAAUGAUACUGAUCAAAAAGAUGAGCCAAAAAUAAAUCAGCAAAGUAAGAAAGACUUUCAAAAUAAGAGAAAUGAGGAGAAUAAGAAAGUUCCUGAAACUAGAAGCAAGAAAGGCGAAAAUAAGACCCAGGAAGAGCAAGAAUCUAAAAACGUGCCGUCCCAGGACAUGCAGGCAGUGGAAGAAGCUGAGAACCAGCCAAAUGAUGAUACAAAAAAAUCUUCAAGUGAUGAAGUUCCAGAUAACUCUUCUGCGGCACGGGGACGAAAUCCUGAAAAUUACAUCACAGUAUAUUUUCAUGUUAUUAUGUCUAAGGAUUUUGAUCUCAAAGUGAAUGAGGACAAAGUAAUAGUAAAAGCUGGAAAUAUGAAAGGAUAUUUGCCUUGGAAAGGUGCUGUUUGUGAAAUGCACUUUACAAAAGAGGUAAAGGACUUUGGAUUUAUGUAUGAAGGACAGACUCAGGUAUCCAAGGAGAAUCUUAACAAGAACAUUCCUUACAAGUAUUUUGUACAGAGUAAUAAACGUGAGGAAUGGGAGUUUAUUUACUGUGAUACUGGAGAUAAACAAAUUGUCAACCGCUGUCUUUACAUUCCAUUACAAUAUGCUUUUAAUGGAGAGUGGCAUCAGUAUGAUGAUGUGUCUUUUAAAAAAACUGAUAGUUUUUUUGAAAAACUGAAGUUCUGGACAGACCGCUACAAAUCCAUUUGUGCAUCAAAAAGGAAGGCGGGUGAAGUCAUGCUCAGUAGCAUUUACAGUAUUCUUGAAACCUGUGAUGAGAUCAAUUUGUCUGGCUUUUUUCAACAACUACAGCAAUUCAAUUACGUGUCUUCACAGUCCGUUUUGAUGGUAAAUAAACCAAUAAAAUGGAGUGGUCAUGAUUAUGACAAAGAAAAGGUUCAUAUUUUGAUGAUGAAUUUGCUAGAUAAAAUCUGUGACCCCUUCAUUAAAACAAAUAAUCAAAAAGAAACUGAAGUAAAGCUGAACAGAAUAGUCGCAGGAUUAAUUUGCCUCUGGAUUGUUCAUACAUUUACUAUUCGUGUUAGUAAAGAACAUUUAACAAACGUUUGCUGUGUUCUGUGCUUGGAUGAAAUGCCAAGAGAAAAGCUGAUUGGUGAACUUCAGAAUGCCAAGACUUUGUUUACUAACUUCCAAGGAACACAUGAACUAUUGAGACAGCUGUGCCAGAAAUGUAUAGAUGAUAAUGUAGAACACUGGGUGUGGGUCCUGCCAGUCCUACAUACGUUUUCUCCUGUAUCCAGCACAGAGGCAUUAAUGUCAAAACAAGAAGAUGUCUGGGCUGGUCUUGAAGGCAUUGCCUAUGAUACGCUUAAAAAAUAUCUAAGUACUAGAGAUGUUCUUGGAAAGAUGGUUAAAAAGAAGUAUUUACUGCAGUCACACCCAAUGGUGAUCCAGUCCUGGCUAUGUUUAUUACCGCUUGACCAGAUGGUAAAAUUUUUAGAUGACUUUCCAGUAAAAAUUUCCAGUGUUCUCAAAGCUUGUUACUUCAAAAUUUCUGAAUAUCAAUUUAAAUAUUAUCAUAAAGAGAAUGUUGAAGAUGUUUUAAGGAAAAUACUACAGGUUAUGAAAAUACCAGAAAAGCCUCUGAAUAUAGAGUCAUUUCAGAAGUGUUGUAAAGCCGGGCUUGACCUUCACCAUGUUAUCCUUACUAAUAUUUCGCUGAAGAUCUAUUAUGAAAUUGCAGCUCUGUCUUUAGAAAUCAUCUUAACUUUAUUAAGAUAUGCAGGUUUGUCGAAUGGAAGUGAUGAAAUGGAAUCACUGCAAAGGGAAUUAGAGGAAGUGCUUGACAACACAAAGUCACUAACCAUAAAAUGGCUUGAAGAUGUGUAUGGGCACAAAUUUACUUUUGAUCGCUAUAAAAUGGAAGGAUUUUCCAUUGAAACGAAGGCAUGGCAUCUGAUUCUAAAGGCUGGUGAGAAUGUGUCUCUGAAGUGGAAUGGUGCUUUCCUACCGCUGUUACGCAGGAAAAUUAAGGAGGAGGAGCCUAUUAAACAGAUUGUGAUCUACUGCAAGGAGCAAUAUCUAUUUAAAGACCUUCACCCAUUAAUAAAUAAAUGCUUUGAGGACUGUGCUAUUGAAGCAGUACAUUUUGCUUGUCAGGCAAAGAGUAAUAUUCUCAGUCAACUGGAUACAUAUAACUUAGCGAAUUUUGGACGUUUGGUGUCAAGUGUUAUACUGAAUUCUUGGCCAAAAGAUAAUGAUGGAAAAUGUGUUAUGGACACUGAUAAAAUCUUACAGCAUUUGUUACAGUGGGAGGAUGCAACAUAUAUAUUCAAGCUUUAUGGAACGGAUUCAAGAAUCAUUGAGCAUUUUAAUGAGAAAAUUCAGGAGCUGGUGGCUAUCUCAGAAUCUGUGUUUCUAGAAGCCAGAAAAAGUUUACUUGAUGGAACUGUGCUUUUUAAACAUCUGGAAUACAUUUUGAGUAGCAAACCCAUUUUUUUGGAUAUUUGUAAACUAAGAAUUGAAAAAAGAGAAAACAUCUCUCUGUCUGAGAUUGAACAAGUGUUAGUCUGGAGGGAGAAAGAAUUAAACAAUUUAAAGAGCCAACGUGAGUGGGUGGGCAGUCUCCUCAACAUGAUUCAAAGGAUUGAGUGGCGUGUAAAAGUAAACAUUUCUGAAGUUCAGAGGAAGCAUUCACUAAAUCUGGGGCAACAUAAACUGAAUGAUUUAAUAUCUGUAAAGAUUCUUGGAGAAGAUGUUGAAGAAGAUCUUGUGUCCUACUAUAACCUGCCGCGUGAGCUAAUUGACAUGGCUUACCAUACACACAUUUUCAGAGACAGUCAUGUUUUUGUUACGUGCUGGGAACAACAAGAGUGCAACAAGGGUGGAAACGGGUCUCAAGAUUUAGGCAGUGAUGAAAGUGAAGAUGAAGAAGAUGCUGAAAUCACUUUAGAAGAAUUAAGAGAUACACUCUUUACUCCCUGCCUUGAACAUUGUAAUAUAAUUUACAAUGCUUUAAAGACAGGAGAAGUCACAUUUGAAGUUGUUGACAACUUUUUAAAAGAUUUCGAAAAUAAAUACCAACAGUUAAAAGAAGAAUUGAAAUGCUUGUGUCACUUGGGAGAUAAGGACAAGGGUGGAUGGAUCGGUCAACGUGUGAAGCAGAUUGAGCAGUAUCACCAGCUUGACUUAGCUUUCCGAUCAGCAGAGGUCAUAUCUAAAGUGAAGACUUUUUUAAAUCUCUCUGGAAAUUUUCAAACCUUAAAAACACUGCUGGAUUUUGCUGAUGACUUUGAGAACUGCAAACAAAAGCCCCUUUCUUGCAUAAAUAAUGAAGUGAUGAAAACAAGAAAACUUCUUUCGGAGAUAAAAGAUGAACACAUUGAAUGCCUUAAGGAAGUUGAAUCAAGAAAAGAGUUUUUCCUAUGGGUGAAAGAAGCAUUGCAAGAUGUCAAUGAACUGAAAGUGUUUGUUGACCUGGCCUCCAUCUCUGCUGGUGAGAAUGAUAUGGAUGUAGAUCGUGUUGCCUGUUUCCAUGAUGCAGUUCUGGGUUAUUCUUCUUUACUCUAUGAUCUGAAACCACAGUCUGGAUUUGAUGACUUAAUGGAAUGUUUGCAAAAACUGUGGAAAGCUUUACAAAGUGAUGUAAACCUCCCGAAGAAGUUGAGAGACUCUGCUCGCCAUAUAGAGUGGUUAAAAACUGUAAAAGAAAGUCAUGGAUCAGUGGAAUUGUCCUCAUUGUCAUUGGCCACUACAAUAAAUAAAAGGGGAUUAUACAUUAUCCAAGCUCCCAAAGACAACAAAAAGAUUAACCCUGACACUGUGAUACAAUUGAAUCUCCAAGAAGAAGGAGACAGCAGCAUAAAUGAACGGAGUUACACACUAGAGGAAUUGAAGGAAUUACUGAAUAAACUUAUGCUUAUGUCUGCGAAAGGAGAUCAGAGCAAUGAGGAGGUUGAAAAGUUUUCUGAGAUUUUUUCCAAUGUUCAGAGGCUGACCCGAUCAUUUAUUGACCUCUAUUUGGCUGGAAAUAUGUUGUUUAGGACUUGGAAGGCUGAGAUUUACUGUUCAGACGAUGCACUCCUUAGCAUUCACAUGACCUUUGAUGUUAAAGGCAUUGACCAACUGGAAGGACAAGGACCUCUCAGCAGUCUACUUCCAGAUAUCUGCAGAACAAUGGAGUAUAUGUUAGAACAGUGGCUGGAAUUGAUGAACAAGAAGAGGUCUCAGUAUUAUUACCUAAACUAUUACACAGCAGAGCAGCUGGUUUUCCUCUGCCAACAGUUUCAGAAAAGAGAUAUCAGUGAGGAGGCGCUUGUCAUGUUGUCUUUUAUUAAGCCCCAUUGCCAAAAAAUUGAUACCACCAACUCCUGUUAUGGAAAGACAGAUUCUAUAACUGGGAGUCGUCUAAGCAGGAUGGAUUUUGCAUUUAAAUUUGCAAGUUGUGCCAGCAUAUUGGAGAAGCUAAAAAUGGUUUGGGAGCUUUCUAUGGAACAUAUGAGUUCCCUGUUCCCAGGAUGCUUAGACUUAGAUUCUCUAGGUAUGUGCUUGGCCUCUUUAGCCAAACAAAACAACAAUUGGGUUUCACGCAAGUUCCAUUCCAGUUUGCUUGAAGGUCGUCCCAAUUUGGUUCUGUGCCCUUCACCCCAGAUCCUGUCCUGUGCACUGGCAGUGUAUAUGCACAGCUUUACAGAGACUUUGCCAUCCUAUGAUGAAGUGUUGCUGUGCUCGCCACAGACGUCAUUUGAAGAAGUUGCCUUGUUUUUUAGAAGAUGUCUAACACCUGGUUACAAAGGCAAGAAGAUUUACAGUUUAAUCUAUGCAGAUGAACUGAACUACGAUACGGCAUACAGAUCAGAACAGCUAUUCCAACAGCUACAGGCACUAAGUAAUGAUGACUACUACCUAGUGAUCAUAUGUAAUUCUGACCGAGAACACUGCUACAUUCCAUCUGUCUUCAGCCAAAACAAAGUGCACAUGAUUCCUCAGAAGCCCCUUGAUGAACUGCAGCGCUAUCUACGAACCCAUUUUAUUGUCGAUCGUGCAGCUGAUUCAGCCGCUCACGUAUUUAAGAAAGGACUCAGUGCUGGCAUUGUGUCCUCCAAACGAGCGGGAGCGGGAAAAUCUCUGUAUGUAAAAAGGCUUUAUGAAAAGCUGGUAUCAAGCUCUAUGGCUGAGAGGCCGGUUCUCAAAACAAUCCGGCUUAUUAACCCUGAAGUGGAUGAAAAAAAAGUAUUGAAUACCUUGCUUCCAUUUCUUGAUGGCAGGCUGAAGAAUUGCCCUGUAAUAUUCCAUAUUGAUAUUACAUCUUCUGUGAACAAGGGGAUUUCAGAAUUCCUUUUUAAGCUUUUUGUCCUACAAUAUCUCAUGGAUUCAGAGGGAAGAAUAUGGAAGCGCCUGCCGAGUCACCUCUACAUUGUUGAGAUUUUGGAAUCCACAAACACAAUGUUCACAAGACAUUUUAAAUCUGCUCCUCAGGUGUCACAGCACAAUUUUAUUGACUUCUUCCCCAAAAUAUCAUGUUGUUCACCAAAAGAAGUUCUGAGGAAAUACACAGAAGAUGUGGCAGAUGAAUGUGGUGAUCCAGGAAUGGAUGUUGAGGAAUUCCGUAGUGAAUGUUUCCAGAGACCAUACCAGUACCUAAUACGUUUUGACAGGGGGGAGAAUCUAGAUACAUUUUCAUACUUAGAAGGUACCGUAGAAGGGGAUCCAUCAGAGUGUCUGCAGAUUUUCCUUUUGUUUUGUGGAGUCAUUGAUCCUUCUUGGUCUGAACUCAGAAACUUUGCCUGGUUUUUAAAUCUACAACUUAACGAUUGUGAAUCCUCAGUUUUUUGCAAUUUUGAGUUUGUUGGAGACACAUUGCAAGGGUUUAAACGUUUUGUGGUCAAUUUUAUGAUAAUCAUGGCUAAAGACUUUGCUACACCAUCUUUGGAAAUUGCAGAUCAAAGUCCAGGGAGGCAAAUAAUUAACCUUCAUGGACUUACAGAAAAAGACUUGGCUCCAUUUUUAUUGCGUAAAAAGUGGGAGUCUGAACCACAUCCCUAUAUCUUUUUUAAUAGUGAUCAUGUCUCCAUGACGUUUAUUGGAUUCCACUUACAACCAAAUAAUGCAGGAGGUGUAGAUGCCAUUAAUCCCAGAAAUAAUUUGAUAAUUCAACAGAAUGUUAUGACCAUGCAGCUUUACACUGGAUUGACACAUCAAAGAGUGCCAUUCAAUGUUGAUUUUGACAGUCUGCCCAGGGAUGAGAAAAUAAACAGAUUAUGUAUGGUGCUAGGAAAGGAAUGGCCAUUUGAUCCUGAUGAAACAUAUGAGCUUACUAUGGACAACAUCCUCAAGAUUCUGGCUAUUAAGAUGAGAUUCCGCUGUGGAAUCCCUGUUGUCAUCAUGGGAGAAACCGGUUGUGGAAAAACACGACUUAUUAAGUUCUUAUGCCAGUUGUGCAAGGGAUUUGUUGAUACAGAAAAUAUGAAACUUGUAAAAGUCCACGGAGGAACCACAGCUGAGAUGAUUUAUCAAAAAAUACUGGAGGCACAACAAAUUUCACUUUUUAACAAAGCCGAAGGAUGCGAUACUGUGUUAUUUUUUGAUGAAGCUAAUACAACCGAGGCCAUAAGUAGCAUCAAAGAAGCACUGUGUGAUCGCACUGUAGAUGGGGAGCCAUUGGAAGAGAAUUCUGGCUUACACAUUAUUGCAGCCUGUAACCCAUAUAGAAAGCACACAGAUGAAAUGAUCGAGCGCUUAGAAUCUGCUGGUCUGGGUUACAGAGUAACUGCAGAUGAGACCAAAGAAAGGCUAGGGUCCAUUCCGCUAAGACAACUUGUUUACCGUGUUCACGCUUUACCUCCCAGCAUGAUGCCACUCGUAUGGGACUUUGGGCAGCUGAAUAAUGAAACAGAGAAGAAAUAUAUACAACAAAUUGUUCAGCGUUUAGCAAAAGAGAUUCAGCUUUCUAAAAGUGAUGUACAGCUGUUAACAAAUGUUCUGUCAGAGUCUCAGACGUACAUGAGAUUGAAAAAUGAUGAAUGCAGCUUUGUCAGCCUAAGAGAUGUUGAGCGCUGUGUACAGGUUUUCAAGUGGUUCUAUAACCAUCAUGAAAAGCUACUAAAGAAUCAGAACAUGUUAAAGAGAAUAGGAAGUACCAGUUAUAAAAAAGAUAAAGUAUCCUGGUCUCUUGUGCUAGCUACUGGUGUAUGUUAUCAUGCAUCUUUAGAAACUAAGGAAACAUACAGAGAAGCUAUAUGUGAACAUUUCUCUCCACCUUACACAGAUGAAGCUGCUAUUUUACAUGAAAUAAGUUCCAUUCAAGAUCUCUUUUUAGCAGGUGUACACUUAAGAGACACCAUUGCAAGAAACCUUGCUUUGAAGGAGAACCUAUUUAUGAUGGUCAUCUGUAUUGAACUUAAAAUCCCAUUAUUUCUUGUUGGAAAACCUGGAAGCUCAAAGUCGCUUGCAAAGACGAUUGUUGCAGAUGCCAUGCAAGGUCAGGCAGCCCAUACAGAACUGUACAAAGAUCUUAAACAGAUCCACUUGGUGUCUUUUCAGUGUAGCCCUCACUCCACUCCAGAAGGCAUCAUUGGCACAUUUAAGCAGUGUGCUCGCUUCCAGGAAGGAAAGAAUUUACAAGAGUAUGUGUCUGUUGUUGUACUUGAUGAAAUAGGUCUCGCUGAAGACUCUGCUAAAAUGCCUUUAAAGACACUUCAUCCUUUGCUGGAGGAUGGAUGCAUUGAUGAUGACCCAUUGCCACACAGAAAGGUCGGAUUCAUUGGCAUCUCUAACUGGGCCCUAGAUCCUGCAAAGAUGAAUAGAGGAAUUUUUGUAUCUCGUGGUGAUCCCAAUAAGAAGGAACUUAUUGAAAGUGCCCUGGGAAUUUGUUCAUCUGAUAAACUAAUUCUUAAAAAAGUCUCUACCUAUUUCCAGUACUUUGCAGAAGCUUAUCAACAAGUUUGUGAGACUCAAACAAUUCAGAAAAAAGAAUUCUUUGGUUUACGUGACUUUUAUAGUCUAAUAAAAAUGGUGUUUGCUUUUACCAAACAGUGCAAUGGAAACUUAAGUAAAAACGAAAUUGCUCGGGCUGUUCUCCGGAAUUUUAGUGGGAAAGAUGAUUUAAAAGCAUUGGACAUUUUUAUAGGAGAUGAAUAUAUAACUCUCGAGGCAUACAAUACAAUAGAUCUGGUGAUGGAAAAUAUUAACAGUGACAGUGAGGACUGUGAAUCCCGUUACCUCUUAAUAUUGACUAAAAACUAUGCAGCAUUACAGAUACUACAGCAAGUAUUUAUUAGGGAGGACCAGCAACCUGAAAUCAUAUUUGGAUCCAGUUUCCCAAAGGAUCAAGAGUACACUCAGAUUUGCCGAAAUAUCAACCGUGUUAAGAACUGUAUGGAAACUGGCCAGAUGGUCAUUCUUCUUAAUCUUCAGAACUUGUAUGAAAGCCUUUAUGAUGCAUUAAACCAGUAUUAUGUUUACCUAGCUGGCCAAAAGUAUGUAGACUUGGGCCUUGGUACCCAUCGUGUAAAGUGCAGAGUUCAUUCAAAAUUCAGACUCAUAGUUAUUGAAGAAAAAGAUGUUGUGUACAAAGACUUUCCAAUCCCCCUGAUCAACAGAUUGGAAAAACAUUAUCUGGAUAUCAGCACAUAUCUGAAAAAAGAACAUAAAGCCAUUGUUCAGGAGCUUGAGGAUUGGGUACAAGAUUUCACCAAUGUCAAUUUAAAGCACCUGUUCGUAGAAACUCAUGAAUACAGUCCUUCUGAUGUCUUUAUUGGCUACCACUCUGACACAUGUGCCUCAGUUGUUCUUCAAGUGCUAGAGCAUGAUCCAGAAGCUAUACAAAUAGUCAAAAAGAAGGCAAAAAAUAUUUUGCUUAAAUGUGCUACACCGGAUUCUGUCAUCAGGUUAGGCAAGCAAGAACUAAUUUACGAGUAUUUCAAGAACCAACAUCAUGGCUCCUUACUGGACUUCCUCUGUUCACACAUAACUUCUACAUGUAACAACCACACCAUUUUCACAGAGAUCACAACAUUUUCUCGCCUUCUUACCUCAGCUGACAAAAAGAUAUUAGAAGUUGAAUUACAAGACAAUAUCAGCAACAUUGAAAUUUUGUCCCUUCAGCAGUUUGACACAGAAUUCUCAUUCUUGAAAAAAAUUCGGAGUUCUCUGGAAUCUUCCUCUGGGGAUCUAAUACUGAUUAUACAAACAGAUUUUGAAGAAGGGUCUCAGGGAGCGAACCUUGUCGCAUCAGCAAAAUAUUCUGCUGUCAAUGAAAUAAACAAGAUGAAUCUCGAAAGAAAAUGUGUCUUUAUCUACUUUAUAACCAAGCUUCCCAGAAUCAAAGGUGGAACAUCAUAUGUGGGCUUCCGUGGAGGUUUGUGGCAAUCUGUACACAUCGAUGAUCUGAGGAAAUCUAAAGAUAUGGUGACAGAUGUAACAGCCCUCCUGAAGUUCACCAUUAGCCAGCUGUUUUGCACCGCAGCACCUAAGACAAAGGGCGAUGAAAAUACAAAUCUGGCUAGAGAAACAGCAAUGGAAGUAGAAGACUAUGCAUCUAAUGGCAAAGAAGUACAAACAAUCAGUCAUGUAGAAGAGAGCAACUUAAUGGAAGUAGAUGAAGAAGUAAAUAACACAAUGGAGACCGUAGCUGAAAUCGAUAAAGACCAGGAAAAGAAGACAGAUAUGUCACCCACCAGGUUUCAUAAUAUGCUGGAUAGCACUACCCUCAUCAGAAGUUGUGUCCAGAAUGCUAUAGGCUUGUUAAGAGAUGAGAAUAGUAUUGAUAGCCGCAGCACCAGAAGAAUUGAAGUCCUGAUAAACCUACUGAGUUCCGACAAUGAACUGAAAGAGUCCUUUUUGAAAUAUCUAAAACUACGUCUACAUAAUAUGCUCAGGACUCAGGAAGAACAAUGGGUUCUUGCAGGAGAUUGGGUUGCACGAGAGGCUGCAAAUCUAGAUGCUCUACAGGAAGCUGGGACUUUCAGACAAACCCUCUGGAAACGUGUUCAAAGAGCAGUCACACCAUUUUUAUCCCAUAUUUUAUCCAUCAUUGACUGCAAUGGCAACCUGGAAAUUCUUGUGAACGACCGCAUGCAGGAUUUUAUAAAAUCUUUAUGGAUGUUCAUGUUUUCUGAUGAAAAACUUCUUCCAGUUUCCAGCAACUUCAGUUCACAGACUGGAACCAUCCUGGUGAAGAAUAACAUGGACAUUGCUGCUUUUGGGGCAAAUUGUUUGCCUUUCAGUUGGAGGAUUAAGGAUUAUCUAGAAGAGAUUUGGACUCAAGCUCGGCACAUUCAUUGUCCAGAAGGACCUGAAGUGAAAUUUGUGGACAUCUUCUCACAGACCCCAUUAGGGAAAUUUAUUUCUUCAAAAGAAAUAAGUGAACAGCAGAAUCUUUUCCUGAACUAUCAGCGAGACUUCAUCCUUAUGUCUAUGACUGUCUCCUCUCCUAAAGAGCUGAAGGUAAUGGAGCAUGCCCUCUCAACGUCUAUUGAGGAAUUAAAAUUUCCUAAAAGUAUUGAGCAGCUGACUCUUCCAUUGGUUCAUAUUGGAUACAAUACAUUUCAGCACAGACUUCAGAAUUUAGGCAGGAUUUUGGCACUCUGCCCUUCAGUUCUUGAUCUCCUUGAAGAAAAAAUUGAGGACCGUAAUGCAAUUAAUAGAGGCCAAAUGGUUCUUGAUAUCUUUGCUGCUACUGCCUGUAUGGAAAUAUUAAACAACAGUGUGAGAGACCUAAGCCCACAAGCCUGGAUGUACCAAGUGAAAAACCUACAGAUGCCUAUUGAACUAAUAUGUUCAGAGGGAUAUUUAAAUGGCUACAGUCCUAUUUGUAGAUAUGGAAUUGAUGAAAUCAGGUCGGGCUGGAAUUGUGUGUUUUCCAUGGAGCUGUUUAUGGAACAUAUGCUAGUAGAUGAGUAUCUUCAAGAUCAACAGAUGAGACAAAUCAUAAUGGGACAUACACAAUUUCUUGGACGGUGCUUGAAGGACUUCAGUGAUAUAAAGUCACAAAAGCCUUUCAUGGCGGUGGUGGAUGUUCUUCACAAGUGCAGAUAUGAAGUUUCUGAAUCUGUUUCAAGGUUUGGAAUGCAACUCUGUGCAAUCUGCCGGAGUGAACCAAAUGAGCCAGUCUGCCUUCCCUGCAACCAUAUUUUCUGCAAGACUUGUGUGAGCGAGUGGUUAAAAAACGGCAAAAAGGAUUGUCCUAUUUGUAAAAGACAUCUACCAGACAACUUCACUAUUGUGGUGUCUAGAGAAAUCAGGGAUUCCAUCAAGAAAAAUCUUCAGUUUCGUAAACGAUGUAAUGGAUUCUUUGUUGAUAUUAUAUGCACCAUGUGCUUCAAAGACAAUUCUCCACCAGACAAGGAAGUAAUUGACCGUCUUCUGUCCUUACUUUUUGGCAAAGUUGAUCAAGGACAUUACACAAGAUCUCUUUCUCCAUUUGAGGACGCAGUUGAUAAAACACCGGUGCUUCGCUCAGUCAUCCUAAAAUUGCUUUUGAAAUACAGUUUCACAGAUAUAAUGGGAUAUGCUCAGGAGUAUUUCAGCAAGGUGAAGGAAAACAACCUGUUUACUGUGCUGGACACCACUGAAGUCUACCUGCUGUUUGUAAACUGUCUAGAGGAUUCAUUGUUUGAGAAAGGACAAAGAAUCCAAUGUGCUCCUUCAGACAAAGAAAAGUACCUUAGAGAUGAAGGAUCCUUUCUGGAACAAUACAUACAUGGCAGAAAACAACAAGAUGAUAAGACUGUACAAUUUCUUCAGGAUGUAGCCAGAGUCAGGCUGGCACUUAACACAGCGGGAGAAUUAUUGUCUGUCAAAUCCAAAGGAGUCACCAAUGAGAAUUACUUGCGAUGUGUAAAGAAGCUCUGCUCCUUGUCUGGCAAUGACUGGCAUAAAGUUUACUUAAUACGAAAGCUGGCAAACUUGGAUGGUAUAGACGCUGUCCAAAGGCAUUUUAAAGAUCCUCAGUUUGGGUGGCUUUUCCCAAACGUAUUGAUACGGAAUAAGAAUGCUCAAACAAGUCAAAUUGAUCAGUUCCUUGUGUGUGGCAACAGCUACAAAGUUUUGAGAGACGGUAUUGGAAGAGCAAUAAUAGAGGGCAAGGAAGAAUGGAUUAAAAAAGCAACAGAGGAAUGUGAAAAUCCCAACCAUGAACUGGCCAUCUACAUACUUCUUGCUGUUUUCCGUGAAAUAACCUUGUAUUAUGGGGUCCGAAAUAUUCCAGCUCAAGGGACAGUGCCUGAACAUGAAGCCAUGAAGGAUUUUAUCAAGAACAUCCCCGUUCUUCAAGAAGGAGCCACCAGAGCCUUCGUGGAGACAUUGCUCAACAACAACCGACCAAUACUACGUGUUGUGCCUGGCAUUAGAAGCUCACAUGUCACUGUUUUUGGACUGGCCAUACAUUUGGCUGCUGUACUACUGAAUGGGAAUAAUCGCCUUUUUUCACCACUAAGAAAUUUGUGUUUUUCUCCAGCAAGAAUGCAGAAUUCCUAUUUACCAACAAUGCCAGAAGACUUGAUUGUCUAUGCUAGAGGUGCCAUGCGUGAACAACUACACUGGUACCGUUGUCCUAAUGGUCACUACUGUACAGUUGGUGAGUGUGGUCAACCAAUGCAGAUAAGUCGAUGUUUAGACUGCGGAGCAGCUGUUGGUGGGGAAAACCAUGCACCUUAUCAAGGAUUCCAUAGAAUUCAGGAGAAUGGAGAUCGAACACAAACAGGACACGUCUUGGGACACCCAGAACGACAAGGAACAGUUCUAGCUCCAGAUCGAGAUAUACCUACCCCUGCAUUUAUCUUACUGAGGCUGCUGACACAUCUUUCAAUGCUCCUGGGGUCAGAAGAGGAUAUACAGAGUGUAAUACACAUGGUGAAGCCGCCUGUUACAGAUUUAAGAAGUUUCCUUUUCGGUCACAUAGAAAAAGAUCUAGAAUACCUCAUGAAUACUCUUGGAAAAAGUGCAGAUGACACCACUACCAUUGUACAUCUUGUACUUCGUCAAAUGCUGAAUCCUGAUCAGCGUGGACAAUGGCCUGUACACUUUGAUGAAGUUUGGUCAACGAAAGACAGUAGAAACAGCUGGGAGAAACACUUUGCCUCCAUGGUCAUCGCACCUGUGCUGCAGGGUCUGGAUAGGGAUCUUAUGACUGUGAACAACUACAUCAGCACAGAUGAGAGAAUAAGCUCAGACCCCAUAGUAAGGAUCGUGUACGGUGACCCAUUGAAGAGUGGAGAAAAACUGGAAUUGCCACGGGACAGUCAUGUACAUUGUUCCAAAAUAUGGAGCUGCAGAGAAAGGAUCUCCAUAGAGUACUUAAUGCAUAUUGUUCAGCAGAUAGAUGGGAAGAACGAUCUGCCACUGUUAUGGAAGUUCUUGGAGAAGGAAGCUGAACUUAAAAUGGUAAAAUACUUGCCAGCAAUCCUGAGUCUUCAAAAAGAGCUGGUAAAAAGGUUUCAGGACUUCAGGGAGAAUCAGCACAAAACCAUACAAGACUUCUUAGACUCCAUAACUUCUGGAGGUGCUCAACAUGUAAUGAAGAAAUGGAUAGAAGAUUUUCUCUUAACAUGGAAUAAUUUGAGACAUUCACUUCAAACUAAUGGUGAAAUUAAACUACCAGAUGAUAUGUGCAACAGUCCCCUCACCAUGGAUAGUAAAUUCACCUAUCUUCUUCCCCGCCGGCAAGGAGAUGGCUUAUGCGCAACUGCCCUUGUCAGCUACCUCAUUACUCUACACAACAGCUUUAUAUACGCUCUGCAGAAAUACACCGGCAGUGAGCAGAGGUAUUCCAUUAAAUCCUCAGAGGUCACCAAUCUGCAUGUUAUCAACUAUGAGAUGGAAAAGGAUUUUGUACCUGUCAUCCUUUCCAAUUGCCAGUACACGCUGGAGAGCGGUAAAGAGACCUUGCAAGAAUUUGAUCUCCCAAAAAUCCAGCAUCAGAUUGCCAGCAGAUUUUUUCAAGGCAAACCUCUUAUCUCCAUGGCUGGUCUACCAACAAUUCUGUCUACCCAAGACCGGAAUUAUGAAAACGUAUUCAUAGACAUACGGAAGAAAAUUGUACAGAUGUCAUUACCAAACUCAACAAUCGAUUUCAUAAGUAAAGAUCUGAAUACGUACAGUGAUGUCUGUGAAGCCUUAAACAUUGUUGAUGUUAUGUUGGGAUUCCUAUCAAUGUCUGGAGGAGAUCCAGAACUUCCAAUUACAAAGUACAUAGAAGAUGUCUUACAAAUGAAAGACCAGAGCAGUGUUCAUGUCCUUGAGGCAUUGAAACGCUGUUACCUGAAGAACACCAUUGCACUCUGGCAACUACUCACUGCUCUGAAGUCUGCACAUCUUCUACAUCUUAAAAGGGACCCUUUUGUUGACGUAGACAAAGCUUACAAGACAGAAUUGGACAAGGAAGGGCGACAACAACUCAAUAUUUUCCUGGAGCAAAAUGGAACAAAUGUCUUUAUGUUAGAAAUGCAUGAGCUGAUCACCAUAAAACUAAGGAAGCCAAAGAGUAUCGACGAUUUCAGACCCUCCUGGACCUUAAGAGAAGUUCUGGGACCUUUUCUUGAUGACAAAGAUGUUUCCUUCCCUGGAAUAGAAGAGGACUUUCCAGAGCGGAUUGCACUUGCCCAUUGCAUCGACGCAUGGAAGAUUGCUGCCUGUAAGAAAUGGGAUCGUCUGUAAAGUUAUGCAGGUGAUGACAGCUGCUGUGAUGUCUCCUGCUCUCCUGGAUAAAGAGACUUUGCACUAAUGCCGCUCACUCAGGCUUUUGUAUAUUUUUUAAUUAUGUAAACUGCACAUGGAACUAAUGCAGAUGUACAAUGAUUACAAAUAGGGAUCAAUAAUACAGAUAGGGAAAAUGCACAAACCAAUUAUGCAAUAGAUUUUCUAAUUUCCUUUGUACUGUAUACCAUAGAGUUCACUUUCCUGCCGUGCUUUGUGCUGUAGCAUACAUAACUAUCCUACUACAAUGUAUGCUGUACUGUACAUGACAACUGUCUUACUAAGGUGUGCUGUACAUAAAUAGUAUCAUACUAUGCCUUACAGGGCAAUUGCUUGUAAUAAACUGAAGAGAAACAACACACAAUUAAUCUUUUAAUAACAUUUCAUAGUAGAAGUUUACAAAAAACAACUUGGCAAAUACUUAGUUUGUAGUAGUUUACCAUUCAUUCGUAUAUAUGUGCUUUAAAAUUGCUGCUGGUCACUCUCAGAAACAGACAGUGUCAGCCAAGUGAUCUAAAAUGUGUAAAUAUAUAUAAAUAAUUAAAUAAAUAUAUAGGCUACUAAAAUGCACUUGAGGGAGCAGGAAACUAGCACAAUGCCGAAUCCACUUUUGUCUUCAAUGGGAACAGAAACUUGGGCUCAAGCCAUAACUCAAGCACAUGGGAGUAAGUGCCCAUCAGGAACAAAAAUACUGGACAGUUUUUUUUUCUUUUUCUUAUGAGCAAAUCAGGUAACCACAUAGUCUUAAAUAUUCCGGCUUCUGAAAGGCCAUAUACUUGUGAGCUUUUCUGAACUUUUUUUGUGUUUAUUUUCUAAAUCUGGAUAGAUAAAGACAGCUCACUUUCACUAAAUGUCCUCAUAUUAUAUAGGACAAAGUUUACAUGCACAUUUAUAUAAUUCCUAGUUAUAUAUAUCCAAGGAGAUUGCAUUUGCCUGCACAAAGAAACUACCUCACUAGGAUGUUCGCCAACAUUUAACAUUUAACUUUGUUGUAGUUCUCUUUCUAUUUUUAUGUGCCAUUUACAGCUAGCAACGUCUUUGCUACCAUUAAAAAUACUCCAAUAAUUGUCGUGUUGUGCAUUU